GCGGCCGCAUCUGAUUGUUCUGAGACUUCUCUCACUGCUGCCGGACUGAAAAGGAGCUGAGACGUUUCUGCCACUAAAACUAAGUCCUGUUGAGUCUGAACAGUAUUUUUAGAAUCAUUUCAAGAGCCUUUUUUGGGGGGGGGAGAUGGGUGGACGACAUCAAAGAAGAUUCCCGAAGGUGAUUUCCUCCAGAUUCUGUGAUGGGGAAAGAAAGGAAAACAGUAAGACUGGAAACGUACGAAGCAGACACGCCUCUGAUCAUCGUGGGUGAAGUGAAGAUAUCCCCUCCCAGGAUGAGAGAUGUGAAGUCAAAGAAGAGGAUUAAGAAAGUUACCACUUCAAACAAGGGCACGACUACAUGUGAGACAUCGGGGAAUGUAAUGAAGCUUUGUGUCAACUUAAUGCCUGUUUUAGCUGCAGCCAGGGAGGAGGAAGAGGAGGAGGAGGAGGAGGAGGAGGAGGAGGAGGAGAAAGAGGAAGAAACCAGCUGCACAAGGGCAGAGGAACCAAAAACCAGCAACACAAAAGAUCCAACCGUCACCAAAUUAAAGCAACAAGCAUUCACCACGAGUGAUUCUUACGCAGGAUUAACCAACGAAAGCAAACAAUCACUCAAUCCUCUGUUUGUGCUGCCUCCUAUAACGGAACCUGCACCAGCUCCUGAGUGUUGUGACCAUCACAGGGCCAAGAGGUUCCCCACACCUCUACCUCCCAUCGGUUCAUCUGAGAAAACAACAACCACCAUCUCUCCACAGGGCUGCACAAGUGAAGCCUGUGGAGGUGAUACAACAGCUACAGGACAGGUGUCAGACAGCAGGCCCUGGAUAGAUAAUGUCCUGUUCUCCAAAAGUAGAUCUGCUGAGUUUCGUCUUCCUGACAUCUCCCUGUCCAGUCUGGACGCUCUGCUGCAGACUGUCACGCUGAAGCUGGCGAGGAAGAGGAGAGGAUUAGGUGAUGAAGAAGGAGGACCAUUGAGACGAGUCCAGUCUGAUCACCUCCUCAUGACUGUUAGUGAACAACGUUUGAGAGAGAAGAGGGUCGGGCAGCAGAUUGACGAAGGUGGAUCAGCAACAGAGACAUCGGUGAUCGGACACAGUGUGAACAGACAGAGGAGGCUCCCUCCUCAACCCGCACUCAUCCUCACUAUGACGAAGAAAAACUUCCCGACUUACACCAUGAUGCAGUGAACUGGACUCACAACAUACGACACAGUGUUUUAAAAAAACAAUACAGGAAACAAUAUAGGUUUUAUUUUCCUUCAAGACAAAACAUUCACAGCACAAGCAUACCUGUUGUUUCUCUACACUAGUAUAUUAUCAUUAUAUAAUGUACAUCUUACAGUAUAUAAUCCUAAACUACAAUUCAAGUAGAACUGUUCAAGCUUCAUAUGUUUAAAGUACAUUUGGUUGUAAAGACUUUCAUUCCAAAAUGUGACAAACUCCAUUUCAAGUUUGCAUAAUUUCAGCCUUUUUCAAUACAUUUUAACUUCAUGUAACAGUUUGAAUUUUGGAAUGAAACCCUUCAUAUACGUAAUGUUUGUCUCAUGCCUAUACUGUUGUUACUAUUGUACGAAUAGAAAUAAAUAUGUAACAGUGCAUCACAGUGCAAUAACAACCUG